AUGGCUGAGGGGUGGCUGAGCUGCCCACAGGCAGGGAAGGAUGGAGGGCAGAAGGACAGCAUGAGGUGCCCAGACGACCUGGACGACAGCCUGACCAGCCUCAUGUGGCUGCAGGACUUCUCAAUCUUGAAGAACACCAUCCUGCGCAGGCCCUGCUGGUACUCCAGUGGCCUGGACCCCCACGACUGUUACAAGAUCUCCAGCUUUGCUGACCCAUGCUCUCCUCUGGCCGCCGACCCGGCGUGCAUGGACAUGCCCCAUGCUCCCUGCAAGCCCAUCUCCUCCUCCACUUCAAGGACAGCACAUCACGCCGUGGCCACGCAUCCUCAGCUCGCGGAGGACAUUGACUACAAGACCAAUCCCCAUGUCAAGCCGCCCUACUCCUACGCCACUCUCAUCUGCAUGGCAAUGGAAGCCAGCAAAAAGCCCAAAAUCACCCUUUCUGCCAUCUACAAGUGGAUUACCGACAACUUCUGCUACUUCCGACACGCCGAUCCCACCUGGCAGAACUCCAUCCGGCACAACCUCUCCUUGAACAAGUGCUUCAUCAAGGUGCCCCGGGAGAAGGGCGAGCCAGGCAAAGGCGGGUUUUGGAAGCUUGACCCCCAAUACGCUGAUCGGCUCAAGAACGGCACCUGCAAAAAGCGGAAGAUGGCCCCAGUGCAGGUCCACCCAGCCUUCAUCAAAAAAGCCCAGCAAGAAGUGCAGUGUGUUGCCAGCCCAGCUGCUUCGGUUUGCACCUCCAAUAAUGUCCUCAACAUCAACACGGAGUCACAGGAGCUGCUGAAAGAGUUUGAAGAAGUCACAGGCAACCAGAACUGGAAUCCAGCAGAUGGCAAACCAGGGCAGAAGCGCAAGCAGUCCAUGCCCAAGGUGUCUCGGCUUUCCAACUCUGCCUUGCUGACCCAGGAAGAGCAGACCGAGCUGGGAUCAUUGAAAGGUGACUUUGACUGGGAAGCCAUCUUCGACACCAACCUCGAUGAAGACUUAUCCACUUUUGGGAAUCUGGAGCUCACGCUUCCAGUCAGCCCCAUAACACGCGACCUGGAUUUGACAGUUCAUGGCCACCACAUUGACUAUCCCCAGGGUCAGGAGCAGGUGCUCACCGAAUCCAACCAGAACAACUUAGACUUUGACGAAACCUUCAUGGCCACUUCUUUCCUGCAGCAUCGCUGGGACGAAGAGACAAACGAUUACCUCUCCAACACCGUCAACAUGGAGCAGUUGUUUGAAUUCAACGAUGCCUCUUUACCAGCAGAUGUCAGUGACUGGAGCAGUCUGGCAUCCCUCUUAUAA